CGCCGAUACUGAAUUGCAUACAGCUAAGUUGAAGCUACUUAGCAUACUCCGUCGACUUUCGCUACAAUGUCUACAGCACAUAGACCGACAUGGGAUCCUGCCCAAGCUCGCGAUGUUAAAGGCGGCUCUCGCCAGUUCUCUGUCCGAGAUAUGGCUGCACACACAAAGCUCAAAUUCCGGCAAGCUGGACAAACGUCCGUUGGGGAUGUCGCACGGAGAGACUUACGCACGGAGCUACUAGCAGCGGAGGAAGAAGCACGGAACAAGAAGCGAAAAGCUGAGGGGAAGCCACCACUACCACUCACAAAUGGAAACGCGACGGAGGCAGCGGGGGAUGAGGCUAAUAAGAGGAGGAAACUAUUGGAGGAAGCUUUGGAGCUGGACAAGGACGACGACGAUGAUGAGGAGAAGGAGGAAGGUGCCGAGUCCAGAGGGCAGGAGAACGGGGAAGAGCAGGACGAGGAAAGCGAAGAAGAGUCGGAUGAGGAAGAUGAGACCGCCGAGCUGAUGCGUGAGUUGGAGAAGAUUAAGAAAGAGCGGGCAGAAGAGAAAGCCCGGCAAGAGCGUGAACAGAACGCGAGUGCUGCGGUGGCACGAGAAGCCGAGAUAGCUACCUCGAAUCCUCUUCUUAAUCUUGCUGCAGCAUUAGGCCAGUCACCUGGCAUAAAUACAACUGUACCUGGGACAUUUUCCGUGAAACGGAGAUGGGAUGAUGACUUGAUAUUUAAGAACCAAGCGGCGAAUCAGAAAGACAAAUCUGGCCAGUUCGUCAAUGACCUGCUACGAACAGAAUUCCACAAAAAAUUCAUGGCGAAGUUCAUCAAGUAAAAGGAUUUAGCUAUGUAAAUUAUGACUGCUUUAUUGCUAGGCCCUCCAUCCUUCGACUCCCGUUCUGACUCCAACUCAAAGCGCUCGAGACAUGCAUAAAAUCAUACAACGUUGCUGUCACGUGUGACGAGAUGUCAAAGCCAUUUCUUGAGGUGCUGCCUCUGUGCACUGUUCAAUUCUAUCGCAGGAUAUUGCCAUCGUGCCCUACUACGCAAGUUUUACGCACCGUGCUAGUCCACGGGGAGUUGGGGACUGACGCGACCUAGUGCGGCUACGAUGAAGAAAUCAGACCUUUCUUACGAUAGCAACAACGACCUUGUAUACAUGUGUGCACGUAUGUACAACAACACCAAAGGACCGAAAUCCAUU